AUGCACAGGGCACAUCCUCCGGGGGCUGGGAGAGAAGAAGGUGGCGUGAGAAGCCCUGAAGAGUGGGCGGCAGGGAGAAGCUCCGUGGGCAGCCUGGCUCGUCAGAGGCCUCCUGGCUCCCCUGUUCCCUGUUCCCAGGAGGUGAGGGACAUUGGAGAGAAGAGGGAGCUGGACCAUGUGCAGAGGCAGCCUCGGGAGUCCAUGGUGGCCAUUGGGCCCCAGAACUUUGGGAAUCCCUGGCAGGGCUUCAUGAAGUGCCUGCUGGAGGUGGAGGAGGAGGAGGAGGCAACACAUAGGAGGGCCACCAAGGCCCGGGCCCCACCAGCCCGGAAGUUGCCCAGGACUCUGAUUCCCGUGCCUACCUCAGGCCCUGUCAGCAACUCAGCACCCAGACUGCCUCUGACCUUGACUCCAAGCCUGACCUCUGCCCCUCCGGUGGCCCUGUCCUGGGUCCGGCCACCUGCCCCUGGGCUAGUGUCUGUUCCUAUGGGAGCUCCAGUCCUGACCUCAGGGCCCAGCCCAGGGCUGUCAGCCCCCAGCACGGCCUUGGCCUGGAGGAGGGCGGAAUUCUUGCACCAGAGCUAUGAGAGGAGCCUGAGCUACGCUAAGGCAAGGCAGGAACAGGAGGAGCGCAGCCUCCUGAAGUUGAGUCAGCAUUGGGAGGAGAGGUCCGAGGAGCACCUUACCCUGAAGCAAGAAGAAGCCUUCCGCAGUUACUUUGAGAUCUUCAAUGGCCCUGGCGAGGUGGAUGCACAGAGCCUGAAGAGCACCCUGCUCCUAGUGGGCAUCUCGCUGACCCCGGCCCAGGUGGAAGAUGCCCUGAUGAGUGCUGAUAUUGACGGAGAUGGUCACGUGGACUUCAAAGACUUCUUGGCCGUGAUGACAGACACCAAACGCUUCUUCUGCUCUGUGGAACAGAACGUCCUGACGGGCAUAACUCCUCCGAACCCCCACACUCUGCUCUUUGAGAUCCUGUCCCUGAUGGUGGAGAUGCUGGCCUUACCGGAGGCAGCCUUAGAGGAGAUCACUAACUAUUACCAGAAGAAGCUGAAGGAAGCCACCUGCAGGGCCGGAGAGGUAGACUCUGCCAUAGGCCGGCUGCGGUCCCGGAAGAAGCUUCCUUACAACCCCCAGCAGGUAGACAACUUUGAAGUCCCAGAACGAAGAGUCCUGAGGAUCCUGAGCCGACUAAAGCAGCAGAACUAUGCUGCCAACCUGCAGAGCCCCUAUGCCCAGGUGCCCUGCAUCCCACUCUGCCCAAGACUGGACAAGAAGACAGUCCGCCGGAAGCAGGGCAGCCAUUAUGUGCUGGACCAGUACACUGCCACCAACUUGGGCCCUGACACACGUGGCCUCUUCUGUCCAUCGGGACCUCAAGGAGGCAGGUGGGAACACAGCUCUGACAGCCAAAAGUGGUUCAGCUCUGUGCCAGCUCGAACCCACUGACCCUCCAGAGUCCUGACUCUGGGGCUGCUCUUCAAGGCCUGUGGAUUAGAAGUUCCAUUGCGGCAGGGGGCUGCUGCUGGAUUUUGUUUUCAUGGCCUGAUAAGCCAAUAAACACCAUGAACCUGUGUCUGUGCCUGGUGCCAGGGAGGGCCUCCAGGUCUUCACCCCUCCAUUUGGCUCUCAGAGGGCGGGCUCCAGCCUUUCAGGCCUGAGAGUCCCUGAAGCAAUACUUGCCUCAAAGCCCUGCUCAGGCUCUGGGUGUCUGCUAGAGCUGCCCCUUGCCCUCCAAGGUGGAAAGUCUUUACCUUCUGUGGACGCUCAAAGCACAGAGCUGGGCCUCUCCUCAGAUAGGGGUCUCUCCCCUCAGAUUAGGAGCCCUACUUGC